AUGUCGUUUUUGAGCGAACCAGAAGCGGAUUCUAAUCCAACCAUAACUACUCUGAAGAUUUUGAUUGUCGGUGAGAGCGGAGUCGGGAAAUCGAGUUUGAUGUUACGCUUCGUCGAUGAUACAUUCGAUCCUGAAUUGGCUGCAACAAUAGGUGCGUCUGAGCGGAGCUCUGUUAUAGGUGUUGAUUUCCGGGUUACAACAAUGAACAUUGAUGGAAAUAGGGUUAAACUCGCAAUUUGGGAUACGGCUGGUCAGGAACGAUUUCGAACACUGACACCAAGCUACUACCGGGGUGCGCAAGGUGUGAUAUGUGUAUAUGACGUUACAAAUCGAAGUUCUUUUGAAAAUCUUAAUCAUUGGAUGACAGAAGUGGAAACGUAUAUUACCAAAGGAGAUGCAGUUAAAAUGCUCGUUGGGAAUAAAAUAGACAUGCCAAAUCGUGAAGUCUCUCGGGAAGAUGGUCUAAAGUUUGCCAAGCGUCAUCGCGCGCUUUUUAUUGAAGCUAGCGCGAAAACCAAGGAAGGAGUUCAGUGUGCAUUCGAAGAACUUAUUGAAAAGAUUAUUCAAACACCUGGACUUUGGGAAAGUGAUAAACCGGCUUUUCGUCUGGGGCAACACUCUACGACCGCCAGUGAUUCAUAUUGUGGUUGUUAA